UUUCUACUCUAGUGCCUACUUCUUUUCUCAUUUGCACAGUUCAAACUUAAAUAAAGGAAUUGUAUACACUUUUAUUAAGUGGAAGAGAGUACAUUUAACAUAUAAACAUAUUCACACAGGUUUCCAACGGCUAAACGCCGUUUUUUUGGGUAAACUGUCCCUUUAAAUACUUCCUUCCUUCCUUACACAGCGUCGUUUCUAUAGCGACAGCGGCACGUUAUGAAACGCGUUUGUUUAUUAUAUCAGCAUAACAAGCACACAAACUAGUUUAAUCUCAAACACGCACAUAUGACACACAAACGCGACGUCUGUCGUAAAAUGUGCCGCGACUCUCUGCAGCCUAGAAAGCAGCACGCCGAGCUGCGCAACGUCCUUGUGGGAAUACAAGGGGGGUGUGACAGUCAUGUGUUCGCAUUAUAAAAACCCCAAAAGGUUAGUGAUUAACCCUUACACCCGAAUGAAGACGAAUCGCCACACAAUCUUUAAACACGCCGACAAUCCGCGCGGCCGUUCACGCGCACGCGCUUCACUUGCAAGGUCACACACGGCGUAAGAAAAAACAAGCGACUUUGGGAAAAGCGUUAAAACGGGACGUCCUGGUUUAUAAAUGAGGCCAAAUUGUUCAGUACUGAUACUUAUAAGUGUGCUAAGCUUAUAAACGAGACGGGGACGCGGAGGCGUUUCUAAAGGCAUAGAUAAAUCGUUUUUAAGUUUCCCCUCAGGGACCAAACUCAUGUGAAAGGAUCAGUUUGAACUGAGAUAGACAGAUCCCAGCGUAAGGAACAAAUGGAUAGUUUAUUUUUAAUGGCAUGCCGGACCACGUCUGAAGAUUGUUUGGAGUAUUUUGUUUUGUAAACGAGGCACAGUGUCAGAGAGUUUACAAAGAAACAUCUGUUGAAACAUAAAGCUGUACUAGAUCUGACUGCAGCUGCAUCACAAACGAAGCACUGCGCGAUGCACUGAACUUGUGUGGAGAUGAUGAUGUCAGCACCUCUUAUCCGUUUUUCCCGUCUUCCUUUAUACGGGUCCCGGUGUCGUCCCGCAGGACUUGUUUUAAACGCUCCUGCGCAAUACGGCCCCAAGCUGGCGCCUGUUGGUCAACAGAUUCCCAUUACAUCCACAAACACCUUUCAGAUUCAACCUGUGUCAUUUUGUUCUGAUCUUGCCUCAAGGAAAUACAGUCCAAUUUACACUUUCCCGGCUAUCAAAGGUUUGCGGGCUCUUUCUAGACUCAAACUGAUGCAGACGGGCAUCACUGUUGUCUUACUUCCUACUGUGUACUACCUCUACAUUCAAGGACAGGCGUCAGUAAUGCUGUUGAGUUACACCACAGGCAUAGCCGUGUUCGCCGGCAUCAUGUUGUACUCCAUAAGCCACUAUGUUAGGCGAGUGGUUGGCAUGAUGUAUCUAGAUUCAACGCAGACUGUGUUAAAGGUGUCGCACUUGACAUUUUGGGGUCACAGACGGGACAUAUACGUGCCUGUGUCAGAUGUCAUGACUCUGGGAGAUUCAGGGGAUACCAAAGGAGAACCGAUCCUGCGCUUAAAACGCUACAGCCGUUCCGAUACGAUGUACUUCUCUACCAGGCUGGGACGAGUGGUGGACAAAAAUGGUUUUGAGAAAGUUUUUGGGAGUUUGUCAUGAGUUUACUCAACAUGUCAUAUGCUGUUAGAUAUUGUUUUGUAAUUUAAGUGACAAAGAUGUUAUGUUAAAGUUUUUAUUGCACGUAAUUCAUUGAAAAUGUUAAUAAAGUGGUCCAAAGAUGAUGUAUUUUGUAUUUAUGUGUCAUCCUGGUUCCCUCACCAAAAACCUAGUAUUAUUUUUCCACUCGCUUUUGGAUUGCUGCAGAAAAUGAGCUCUUUGACCAAUAAAAGUUAGCAAUUUUAAAUCUGUAUUUAACCUGAAUGAAAUCAAUUUGUGGUGGUUGUGCUUUAAAAUUACAUUUUUAUCAUCUUAAAGGUGCAGUGUGUAAUAUUUAGGAGGAUGUAUCGACAGAAAUGCAAUCUAUUAUACACAACUAUGUUUUCAGAGAUGUUGUUUGUUUUUUUUAUUACCUUGAAUGAGAAAUUUCUAUCUGUCCCACAACCAAAAAACAUUUAAAAAGCAUGUAAGUAUUCAAAUCUUAGAUGUUUACUAAGAUCCUACUGUGUUGAUCCUAUUGUUUAGCAUU